AUGAAGUCUUCAGUUCUUCUUAAUCGUGGCCCUAAACAUCAAACGAGAAAAAGUAUCCUGGUCCGCAUUUUCGAACUUUUGACAAUUUGAACAGAAAAUGAAUAGAAAUAAAUUCUUGUUUCAGAAACUUCAGCUUAUCAGGAUGUCGCUCACCAACCAAGGUACGUUGUCUUUGUAAAAGAAAUCUGAAAUAAUAAAUUUCUGUUUAGUACAUUCAUCGAAAUGUUUUAAUGUCUCAACCAGGACAAAGUUUUUGAGAAAGAAAACCUGGAAGUCAAUGAAAACACUCAAAAUCCGUUGAAACAGGCUAUUUUUUGGCCCUCAUUUUUCGGAAACUAGAAUUUUGUGGAAGUUGAGACCCUCAGAGUCUAUUUCUGGUACAUCAAGGAUUGCUCUGGCCAAUUUUCAGGGAAUUCCUAUCAGCAAAGUAAAAUAACCUCUCUUCUUGGAUAUCAUAUUUUCAAAACCUUUUUGAAAUCUGGGUAUCCAAUUUGAAUCCUAUCAGUAGGGGAUCGAGUUGAAACCCGAAAUCGAAGUUUUUUCAGAAGCCCAGCAGAAGCUCGAACCUUUCGUCAAUGAUUAUGUGGAGAAGCUCAACUCGGGCGACAUCAACUACAUGAACAACUUCUAUCACAAAGAGUCGGUGAUGGUCGAGCAGGGCAAGAGCUGUCUCUACGGCAAGGAAGGUUAGCAUUAUCAUUUUCUGUGCCUUAAAACUGUGUAAUUAAUUGAAUAAAAGUAUAGCCUGUGUACCACGACUUGGAAUUUCACCGAACGACAUUCCGUUGUGCCGUGCGAACCUUGGUCGCGCUUUUAAUUUUUUUUUUCUUUCAUUAAGGUACUCUAUUUUAAUGUGCUCCCAGACCAAUAACAAUCAAUUGAAAGCGUGACCUAGAUUCGAAAGACGCUUCGCGAACGCACGCAGCGGAAUACCGGCAUGUCGUUCCGUGAAACUUCAAGUCCUGGCACACAGACUACAUUUUCACAGUUUUUUCUGUCUUUUGAAUGUAGAACAUUUUGGACCAGCCUCUUUCGGCGGGAAAUUCAAGGCCAAACGUCAACCCCCUUUGUUUGAAACCUCCAGAAAUUUACUUUCUUUUUUUAAAAUGUUUUUUUCCGAUAAGCUUUAAUUCAUCAGUGUUGGAAGAGUUUAGUCGCAUGAUACAAGACAGAAAAACUUCUUUUUUUCUACAUUACUACUAGGAGAGGUCUUCAAUAUUUCAGCAAUCGUCGAAAGUCUUCGACAAAUGAUGACCGAAUGCGGAAAGACGACCAUGCAAAUCUCGAACAGCCAGUAUCAAGGCGUCGGAGAUUUCAUCCACAUCGAGACCGACUUUGUCUUCCAAACCGAAAAAGUAAGCACUUCUAGAUUUGUUUCUUGUUUUCGAGAAGAGCUUCUUCUUCCAGUUUUUAUAGAAAAACAUUCAAGGAUAAUGAGAGCUCUACUGUUUUUGCAGGCCAUUUCUGAGCCUUUAUUUUUCUUUUCGGGUCAAAACAACUAGACUGAAACUUUUUUGAUUAUAUUCAGACUUCAUUCAACACUGCUGAAAACAGUCAAACUCCCUCUGAUCUCUCUUUUUCGCGUUUCUCUGACUUUGAAAAUGAGAGAAAAGGAUAGCGCAGACAUGUUAGACUCUACAAAGUCGUGGAAAAUGGAGAAGGUCAAAAAUUCAAGCUACAUCUUGAACUUAACUUUCUGAUAAAAUCUGUAUUUUACAGUCCGGGGACUUGAAAGGACACUAUCUUCAAAUUUGGCGCAAGGACGGCGAUGGAUACACCAUCUACCACGACGAAUACCAAAUGAUCUAA